UUUCUACUUUUGUUCUUUGGAUUGUCUUUGGGGUUUCUGGGUUUGGUUGCAGAAAGGUUGUUUUUAUUUUGAUGGUUUAUAUUUUUGCUUUUUUGGGUGUUUAAUCUUGGAGCGUCUGUGGAGUAUGAAUUCUAUCCCUUGCUUGAAGACGGGUUUAGAGAGAAGUUUGUACUCUUUGCAAGUUAUCAUUUUUAAUUUGCUCUGCUCGAUCGAUGAUCUUUUUCUGAGAGUUGUGAUCGACAAUGAUGCUUGUGAGGAUGCCACUGUUAUCCAGGUUGACAGUGUCAACAAGCAUGGAAUACUUCUUGAAGUCGUACAAGUACUUACUGACAUGAACCUUGUAAUAACAAAAGCUUAUAUAUCCUCUGAUGGGGGAUGGUUUAUGGAUGUGUUUAAUGUGAUCAACCAAGAUGGUAAAAAAAUCAGAGACAAGGAAGACAUCGGAUAUAUUCAGAGAAGACUUGAAAGCAAUGCGAGCUUUGUUCCCUCAUUGAGAGGUUCAGUUGGGGUGAUGCCAUCUGAAGAACAUACCUCAAUUGAACUCACUGGUUCUGAUAGGCCUGGCUUAUUGUCUGAAGUAUGUGCAGUUCUGACAGACCUUCACUGCAAUGUGGUGAAUGCUGAGAUAUGGACCCAUAAUGCUAGAGCUGCAGCUGUAGUUCAUGUCACAGAUGAUGCUACAGGAUGUGCAAUAAAAGAUCCAAAGCGACUUUCAAAAAUAAAGGAAUUGCUUUGCAAUGUUCUCAAAGGAAGUAAUGAUUUGAAGGUGGCAAAAAUGACUCUUUCACCACCUGGAAUUACUAGUAGGGAGAGAAGAUUGCAUCAAAUCAUGUUUGCUGAUAGGGACUAUGAAAAGGUUGAAAUGGUUGGACUUGGGAGGCAUGAGGAUAAGAGCUCAAGACCCCAUGUUACUGUGUUGAACAUCGAGAAAGAUUACUCUGUGAUUACUAUGAGAUCAAAGGAUCGGCCUAAACUGUUGUUCGACAUUGUUUGCACAUUAACAGACAUGGAGUAUGUAGUGUUUCAUGGAAUGGUUAACACAGGAAGGAUGGAAGCUUAUCAGGAAUUCUACAUUCGACAUGUCGAUGGACUCCCUAUAAGCUCAGAAGCUGAGCGAGAACGUGUCAUACAGUGUCUUGAAGCUGCCAUUGAAAGGAGAGCAUCUGAGGGCCUUGAGCUAGAAUUAUGCACGGAGGAUAGAGUUGGACUUCUUUCGGACAUUACCAGGAUAUUCAGAGAAAACAGUUUAUGUAUCAGGAGAGCAGAAAUCUCAACAAAAGGCGGUAAAGCCAAAGACACAUUCUAUGUCACAGACGUGACUGGUAACCCAGUUGACCCCAAGAUUAUCGACUCGAUUCGCCAACAGAUUGGGCAAACCAAGUUGCAGGUGAAACACAACUCAACUCUUUCACCAAAGCCUCCACAAGAAACAACCAUGGGAUAUCUAUUUGGGAACCUCUUCAGAGCUCGAACUUUCAAGUUGAUCAGAUCCUACUCAUAAAUUUGUGUGUAAAUUCUCAUCAGAGUAUAUCUGUAAAGAAAUAUUUGAUGUAUAUAAACUCCAAAAGAAAACAUAGGAAUCAAGAAACAAGGUGAAAGGCAUUACUUUCACCACUCUACCCUCUGCAGCAGGGAGGAUUAGUGUUAAUGUCAUGAUACUUGUACUGAUUUAGCCCAAGAUCCACUAGAUAAGUAAACACUAGGAGGACUGUGAUUGCACACUGUUUCUACAGAAGCUAUUAGUUUGUAUAGAUAAUUUGAUCAAUGAAAAAAAGUUGGUGUGAAUAUGAAAUA